AUUGUAUCCAAUUCGAACAAAUCUGAAAUUUGUCUAAAAUAUAAACAGAGAUAUUUGCUUGUUUUUAGAGUAAUAAAGAAAGAUAGAUAUAUUAUGCCAAAAGAAUGGAUUGAAGCUUACUCAAUCAUGAUUUUAUGAUAUUUUUUUAUCAAAAAAUAACAUGAAAAUCAUACAAUGUUAACUUAUUAAUUUCACACAAAAAAAAUGGAUUUUCUUGAUACAUUAAGAAUUAAUUAUAGUAAAUUAAAAGAUGAAAACAUUGUCAACAUUCUUUGGAAGGAAAUUCUAAAAGAAGAGCGCUCGGAAGAAUAUUUGGAUCUACUAAUAGAGUAUAGUUUUCAUUAUCCAGUGGAUUCUGAUUCCUAUUUGGAAGAAUUAAUACAAAAAUUUGAUGAAGUGCAUAUAGAAGAUUUACGUAAAAUAGAUGGACAUCUCAAAGCUUAUUUGAUCACUUUUUUGUAUUAUUGUACUAAUAGAUACAGUUGUAGAGUGCCAGCCAAAACCACAGUACUAGCAUCAACCCUAUAUAUAAAACUGAUCUCUUUAUCAAAUAUUGGAAAAUUUUUCUUUGAGAAAAGUAUGUUGAAACUGCAACUAAUGGUAUUCCUGGAUGUUUUUCACGAAAGUUCAGUAUCUGAAUUAAAUAGAAUGAAUAUGCUGAAAGUAUUAAAAGAAUACUGUCUAAAAGAAAAAUUGGACAUAAUUUUCUUGAAAGCUGUAAUCAAUACAUUCAUAGGAGUUACAAUGAUCGCAACUAAAGAGGUUGUGCAAGGAAUUAAGGAUGUGCAAUCUGUACAACUGUACUGUAUGAAUUCGAUAAAAGAUAUUGUAUUAUAUGAAGAAAAUGAUAAUAACAUAAAAUGUAUGAUGGGAGGAUUGUUUAGGUGUUUUGGAAAAAAUAUUCCCCCAACUGUGCAAAAUAAAACUGCUGCAAGAAGUGUUAUAAAAGUUUUAAUAAGAGACAUUUUACAAGAAGAAUUGGAUCAAUCUAAGUUUCAGUUUCUUCUUGAAGCCUUUUGUAUUUCGUGGGGGAAGGAAGACUUUAAUUGUUAUGAGGAUGCUGUAGCCUUUAUGAAUAUGUUACGAUCUCAAUAUUAUAAAGAAUUAGUUAGAAAAAUGGUUUCCUACACUCAAUCCAAAUAUAAUAAAAAAAUAUUUCUAUCAAACGUAAUGAAUCUUCUAGUUGCCAUGGCUAAUAGUUUACCAACAUUCAAUUUGGAUAAAAUUGCAGUUUUGUAUUCCUGUGCCUUAAGAAAUAUUGUUUACUAUUUUCUAGACAAAGAUAAGAAACUUGUGGAUAAAGCAGUAGAAACCAUGGCAAAAAUUUGUCUAAUGAAAGAUAAUGCUUUGGUUAAUCUGAUAUUUAGUCAUGUUAGUGGAAAUGGAAAAUUUGUUAAUAUGAAGAUAGAAAGUUUAUUAUUAGGUAUUAAUAGAAUAACUGAUGAAAAAUGGGGAGUUUCUCAAAGGAAUCAGAAUCUCUUCAUUAUUGUUGCAAGAUUUUUGUCCAGUAGUAGAGGAGUUAACAGUGAUCUUGUACAAAAGACUUUGAAUGCUAUCUGCAAAGAUUUCACUCCGUUUUCUUUGAAACCAUCUCUCCCAAUCCUCCAUGAACUAUAUUGUGUACUGGCCCUCAAAGAAGAAAUAGAAUCUGCUCAAACAGUUUUAAAAAUUAUUUUCAAAAGUGCUAUGCAUCAGGAUGCUGUAUCUGUGAAAUUUGCAGAACAUAUCUUCUACUCUAUGUUGAAACCAUCAGUAAUUGAUUCUAUUAGUUAUGACCCAAAAUAUUAUUACAAUAUAUUUUUGACAUCCGAUUUUGAUUAUGAACUUCUCUUUUCAAAGUGUCAACGACUGAUACAACCAAAUCAAAUUGAUAACGUUAUAAAAGAGUUUGAUUAUGAGGAACCAGGAGCUGCUGUACUUCUUUGUUGUUUGCUCAAUUAUUGUAAAUAUGAAGAUUCUACAGUUUUUGCAGAAUAUUUUAUCGAAAAUUUCUCUGAGAUCGCCAUUAGACCCAUGAUGGGGCCACUAAGUAUAGCCUUCAGAAAAAUUAUCAUAAACAGAACAAUAACUGUAAAUGAUGCACCACAGUUGAACACACUCCACAGUUUUUUAUUGAAAGGCUUUUAUGAACAAACUUACCAAGUCCCAUGUAUAAAGCCUGCAUUUGAUCUUAUGCAAGAAAUCAGAAGACUUCUGCAGAUUGACAUAGAAAAUCAAUUUUUAAAUCAACUCUUAGAAACUACUUCAGAGAGAGCCUUUAGAAGAAUGCAUAGAAGGGAGAUUGGAGAUCUCAGUGUUUUUAUGUACUUAAAUGAACUGUGUAUAUUAGCAAGAAAACUUCCUUCUGAAGACGUUGUUAGAUUUCUAAUCGGUUAUAUGAAGAAUCCUAUUAAAAUAGAAGAAUUGAAAACAUUCAUGCCUGAUAUUUAUUUACAACUACUUACAUUAUUUACCACAAUGGCUAUGUUGAAUAAGAAAAAAGUUCCACUGGCACUAAAAUAUUUGAAAGAUGUCUUAACUGAUGAAUCUCAAAUAACGAAAAUCUUGGGUUUUAAGUUAUAUUAUUCUCUUUGCAAAGAGAUGACUCACGAGUUUGAGGAAGUGAUAAGCUUUUCAUUUAGAGAAAUAGUUGUAGCAGAUCCUUGUUUAACUAGAUUGUGUAUAAUUGCGAUAGAAGAACUAGUCCAUCACGAUUUUAUAAAAUUAGAAGCUGAUAAUUUCUUUAGAUUCAUUUAUGCUCUUGGUUAUGAUGAACUAACAAUUUUUAUGAAAGACAUAUUGGAGAAACGUUUUAUGCUAUCGAAUCAAAACGAUAUCACCAAGUAUUAUGUACAAACUAUUAUGUAUAUGCAUACAUAUUCUAAGAUGCCUAAUUAUCCCAUUAGUAAUGAAUUCAUGCAAGAAUUGGUUAGAAUGAAAUUGAGACUUAAUUGUAAAAAUGAAAUUCCUGUAUUUUUAUUCAGUCAUUUACCGAUUAAGAAAAAAUUUAAUGUUUUACAAGAAAUUGCUUGUAUCUUUGACGAUAUAGUCAGGGGCCAUUGUAAAAUAGAAGUUAACUUUUUCCCAAUGUUGACAGAUCUAAUUUUGACAUUCAGAUUUAUGAAAAAAACAAGCACCGAAACGAAAAUUGAUAAAAAUUAUUACAAUUAUGUAUGUAAGGAAAUUCAAAAGAAAAUUGUUAAAUUUGAUGCUUCGUACAAGGGUCAAAGUUAUUAUAAUGAAUUUGAAACUGAAAUAAGAAAAUGCACAUUAUCUCUUCUGAAUCUUCUAUUUUUGGAGAAUAAACAAAUAGCAGAUGGAAUACAGAUUAUACUGUUUGACGCUUUGAUGCACUGGAUAGAUUUUGUCCUGCAUGAGAUAAUAGCCUAUAUUCACAUAGAAAAAGGGCGAGAUUUUGCUCAGUACUUUUCCAAGUUGGUACAAUAUUUCAAGAGAAACCAGCCAAAAUUUGGAUCUCCUAGUAGACAGUAAAAGCUGCCCGUAUUGUUUUAUUUUUAUAAUAAUGAGUUUUUCCAAUGUAGUCAGCUUUAAUUUGUUAAAUAUGAGUUUAAACGACGUUACUACUAGAAAGUUUUCUUUAAAUUACUUCAUAUUGAAGAAUAAGUGUUUAUUAUUGUGAUGUAAAUAUAUCUUACGUUGUGUAACAUUAGAAUGAAGUACAAUUUUUCUGUUUAUUUUCUUCAGUAAUUCGUAUGUAUCUCAAACUUCUGUCCAAUACACAUCAUCAAGAUGCAAAAUGUAAAUCAAUGUUAAUCAAAAUACCAUUUAAAAUUCCUCUAAUACUUAAAAUCACUUUCAAAAUAUUUUAUAUUGUUCAGCAGGUGUUCUGUGAUAAUUCCUACAUUCCCCAUGAAAUAUAUUUUUAUGCAUAUAUUAAAUGGAUGUUUGACAUAGCUGUCA